CCGUCCUCACACAGUCAAUGACACAACACAACACCAGCCCUCGCAGCAUCCGCAUCUCACGGCCAAGAGGACCAGGAGCACAUCUUCAUCUCAGCAUCCAUUCCACAACUGUCUGCUAUCCUCUGCGCACUAUCAACAACAGGCGCGUUCAUCCACCGCUUGCUUUUUUGCAUCGGCUUGGAUUAUUUUUCUUUGUUACGUUUUUAUCAGCGAGAUGGUUUUACAGUGAUUUUUUUUUUCUUCUACGGAAAAACAGGUUACUGCGUGAGCCGCGGAGCAUCUUUGCAGCUAAGCUAUUUUUCCCUUUGAACAGGAGAUCGGAAGACGUUGCUGCCCACCUGAAGACAGACACGAUACAGAAAUAUAACAGAGGCUGUCUCAGUCAAGCUGAUUGUUAUCUCCUCAACAGGCUGUUCAUUGGACAAUCUCCUACUAGGCUUUAGAUGCCCAGUGGCAGCCUGUAGCCCGGGACUUCCAGCUCCCAGAAGCAUUGAGUCUUUUAGACCCCCAGGAACUUCCCUGGCAGACACACUUCUGACCCAGUGCGGCAAAGCUCCUGGACGCCUCUCCGAGUCACUAUGGGAACCGUGCUGUCUUUGUCACCUAGCUACCGAAAGGCGGCUCUGUUUGAAGAUGGACCGGCCACCGUGGGCCACUACACAGCUGUCCAGAACAGCAAGAAUGCCAAAGACAAGAACCUGAAGCGGCAUUCGCUCAUCAAUGUGCUCCCAUGGAAGCGGAUUGUAGCGGUGUCUGCUAAGAAGAAAGGCUCCAAAAAAGUGCAGCCUAAUGGCACCUACCAGAACAAUGUAACGCACCUGAACAAUGAGAACCUGAAGAAGUCACAAUCCUGUGCCAAUCUAUCCACCUUCACACAGGAUCAAAGCACUCCAGCUCUCACCAAGAGCUCCAAUAACACAACAUCAUCUGUGAAGAAGGCACCCUUAACCAACUCCAAUGUGGCCCCUGGGACCCCUAAGCGAGUGAUUGUCCAGGCCUCCACCAGUGAGCUGCUGCGCUGCCUUGGGGAGUUUUUGUGCAGACGUUGCUACCGGCUGAAACACCUGUCACCUACUGACCCAGUGCUGUGGCUACGCAGUGUGGACCGCUCCCUGCUGCUCCAGGGCUGGCAGGACCAGGGAUUCAUCACUCCUGCAAAUGUGGUCUUUGUCUACAUGCUGUGCCGUGACGUGGUCUCCUCUGAGGUGGCCACAGAGCAUGAGCUGCAAGCAGUUCUGCUUACCUGUCUCUACCUGUCUUAUUCAUACAUGGGCAAUGAGAUCUCCUACCCUCUGAAGCCCUUCUUGGUGGAGAGCUCCAAGGAAACCUUCUGGGACCGCUGCCUAUCCAUCAUCAACCUGAUGAGCGCAAAGAUGCUCCAAAUCAACUCAGACCCGCACUACUUCACUCAGGUGUUUGCUGACCUGAAGAACGAGAGCCAGAAGGAGGAGGAGAGGAGCCGCCUGCUCAUUGGCCUGGACCGGAGGGUGAGGGCCAUCGCCUGACUGACUUUCUUCAUGCAUCAUGGGUGAACAGGCAUCCCUGGCUGCAACAAACCCUGGCUCUUUGGAAUGCCAACACCCACAUCCCCUCAAUUACAUGGAUACGCCUGGACAUUUUUGCUGCAGUGCAUAUCUGGCCAUCUAGCAAAGAACUGGAGGGGGCAUCACUACUGGAUCCAUGUUUUGUGGCUUUCAGUUUGUAGCUCUGCAACAGGACGUAUACAGUAUAGUGGCCAAAUGGAUGGACAAUAAGCAAGAACUGAAUUGCAGGACUUUUGAUAACAAGAGGAUGUGUGGCCGAUGAUGAGUGGUCAUACUAUGUGUGUUCAGAAAGACCUACUUUAUUUUCAUCUAGAAAAAAAAACCACAAGUAAAUGGAUGUUUUACUCCCCAAAGGCUUAUACCUUAUGGAGGCUUAUUUAUUGCUUUUCUGAAACAAGUUUUCUUUGUUUUUGUUUUUUUUGUUUGUUUUUUUUAAUCUUAUUUUUGUUCUGUUUUUUUUUUUAUUUUUUUUUAUUUAGAAAUGUAAUGUUUUGCACGUGUGCCAUGCAAUUUUACAGAGUUUGGGGGGAGUGAGGUAAUUACUUUUCUUGUUUUUACUUGAUUUGUAAACCAACUGCAUCUGCAUUAGAGAAUGCUGUGAACAAAGUGACACUAGUUUAUUUAGCUAUGCUUGCUAAAAUAGACUAUUUGUUUACCAGGGAAUUCUUUUUGUACUUUUGUCGAUAGGUUGUAUUGCAACCACUUUGGAAUGAUGUUUGAUUUUGUGCUUAUGAUUCAGCAUAGAAAAUGUUAAAACAGUGCCAUAUCUUUGAUGAAAAUCUCACAGGUCUGAGAACACUCUGAAAUACUAUACUGUAUGUCCAGCUGUUAAAUGAAGGGAUGGAUUUUCAUCUAGUAAUAACUACUUACCGACACCUUAUUUAUUGCCAUUCAUGUAUUUAUUAUUUUGGCACAUUUGUAAAUGAAAUACCAUGAUAAAAACCUUAGAAAGGGACAGACAUUAAGGAGAAGUAGGUGUGUUUAUCUUUGGUGGGAAUGAAGAUUGAUUGUGGUUAAAGCAAAUGAAUGUUGCAGGGAUUAAUGAUAAGUUUCUAAUUAAAGCCCUUAGAUCAAAACCAAUGUUAAAUCUGACCACACCAAAGUCACAUCAACUUGGACACCUUGACAAACAACAGUUUUUCUGGCUUUUUACUGAUGAGGAUGCCCUGAAAACAUCCUUUUUCCUACAACACUGGCCUACAUACAUAGCUAUGACAACCUGCUGUCUCACAUAUCAGUAGGAGAAAGCACAGCCAUUUUCUUGUGGGAUUAAUUCUUUCAGUGUCACUCAGUAAUUGCAGAAAAGCACAGCUUACCUUGUGGAUAAUUUAUCAGUAUCAUCUCAUUGUAAAUCUAAUGUGAGGGAUCAUCACAGAUAUCUGCAGACUGAAGGAGAUACAGUGAUGUUUGCAGAAUAAAUCACAUUUUUAAUUGGAAAAAUCAAGGCUGUAGCUUUUAAUAGGAGCACCAAUACAACUAAGAUGGGUAAGCAUACUGUACAGCUAAUGUUUUAUAGCUGUCUUAUUUUCAUAGAAUAGUUAAGGCUGUUGUACUGCAGCUUCUUACUGAUCCCAUUCACUGGAGAAGUAAUCUAUUUCCACUAAACUGUACUUUUAUGACCAAACAAUAACACAACCUAAGGAUAAUACAUUUUAAAAGUUUCCAUGUUUCACCUCAGUAUGAAUAAGUUGUGCACAGCCUCUUUCUGUGACAGUGUUCUGAAAAACUUAACACAAAACAAUUAUGGCAAUAGCAACAUGUAGGAUGUCAGUUUAUACAGUAUCACAUUGAAAGUAACGUUUUAAAAUUGUUCCCAGAUAAUGGUUGGAGUACUUGCCUCUGCUGCUUUGUUAGUGUGAAUCACAGGUAACUAACAUCUCUGUUAGUUGCAACCUUUGACCUCUCUUCUACGGCAUUGACACUACCAUGUGGAGUAGAUCAAGGUGAGGGUUUGCAGUUGCAGUGUUUGUUCUGGCACAAUAAGGACAGGCACGGUUUGGAAUUUGGGCUUCUGUUCUGGCAGAAAAAGUAGGGCCUUUGGGGUCAAGGGUGUCAAAAAAGAGAACAAAAACCUUCUCUCUGUCUACUUCUACCCCAAUUCACUGAAAUGUGCCAUUUUUUUCACUUGCAUCGUUAGAUAGUUGUUUGAGAAAAAUACUUUCAAAUACUUAUAAAAUAUGAAAAAAGAUUCAAGUGAUAGUUAAAAGAUUUCUGUCAAAUUUUUUUCUGUAUCUUGUUGCGUACUUUGUAGAAAAAAAAAGAAACCGUGGUUAUGAGCUUCAAAAAGAGAGGCGUUCAGUGGCUGCAUGUGUGUGUGGGUGUGUGAAUGUACCUUUGUAUGUUAGUGUGUGACUGGCAGCAUUUUAUUUGUACAGAUGAAUGUGUGACAUGUUUUCUUAUGGACAAUUGGAAAAGGACACUUCACUGGAAAACGACAGGGAGGGGUGUAGACGCUGUUCAAGAAACUGUUUUUUUUUUUUUUUUGGAAAAAGACAAAAAGCUGUUGCUGUAAUUGAAACAUUUUUCAGUUAGUUUCUGCUUAUUUUGAUUUAUUUUUGUACUGUGAUGGAAAAUAAAAUGCACUGAUCGUU